GCACAACCCCCCUUUGCUGGAACCCGCCGGUACUGCGAUUGUUUUCACACGCCGCACAGAAGCGAGGAGGUUCGAUUGUUUGUUUGUUUUUCUAAGGGAAAAGGUGUCUUCAUUUGCUCUCUUUCCCUUACCCCAACAAGGCCACCACCCGCUGCUUUCGGAGGUAAUCUUGAAGGUACGAUCUUUUCUUUUAGAAAGACGACAGUAGACGUAAAACCUAAUGCUGCGUCUGCACAGCGCGCGUGUCGCGGUGGUGGCCACGACGCUGGCACUCCGCCGCACCUCCGCUGCCUGCGGUGCCCCGCGGGCGUCGCUGCGCUCUCUCACAGCCGAUGCGGCGGUGUCCCCUGCGAUCCUCUCUGCGUCGACGGCUGCGCGGCGCUUCUUCGUCGCCCGCGGGCCGUCGCAGAUCCAAGCGGCGCGACACUCUCUCUCUAGCCCUCCCACCGCCUUCCCAUCCGCCGUCACCGAUGCGUCGUCAGCGGGUUUCCUGCGCGGUGCUCGCGUCUCCGCUGCGGGCAUCACGAUGCCUGUCUUUGCCACGCAGGGCUUGCAGCGUCGCGCGUUUCGGGUGAAGGGGAAGGACAGGGCGUCUGCGCCGGAGCAAGAGGGAGAGGCGGACGCCACGCAGCAGCAGCAGCAGAAGAGCGGCGAGGAGGCCAAGAAGGAGCAGCCGGAGCAGGAAGAAAGCGGAGACGAGAAGGCCAAGACAGAAGGCGAGAGCACCGCGGAGGAAAACGGUGGCAAAGGCGGUGCCAACGGCAAAAAAGGUAAGGCGGCCCCCAAGAAGAAGAAGAGCUUCAUGGACCACAUCAACGGCCUGCGCGAGGACUACGCGAAAUUCCCAGAUAUCUACAACAGCGCCAACGCGAUCAACUUCGUCGUCUUCACCGUCUUCUGCCUCUGCAGCACGGGCAGCACGACGGAGGAGAACUGGUGGAUGACGCAGUGGGGUCUCGACAACUCCUUCCGCCCCUGGACGUGGUUCCUUCACUCCUUCCUCACGAACAACUUUCUGUCCAUGACCUAUGCGAUGAUGCUGCUGCACACCAUGUGCCACCACGUCCUGCCGACGCUCGGCUCGCGCGGGUUGAUGAUGUACGUGGGUAGCACGGCGGUGAUCUCGGGAGCCAUUAUGUGGCUGGGCAACUACCUGUACUACGGCGGCGCCGCCGCACCAGAGAAGCAGUUCGGGCCGUGGGACGUGGUUGGCGCCCUCUUCGUGAUGGAGUACUUCUACUACGGACUGACUCCCCUUACCAUCCUCAAUAGCUUCAGCGGCUGGAUCAAGUACGCGGUGUGGGUGGGUGAGGUUUGCAUCUUGUACUUUGACUGGCAGCCAACGGUGGUGGGCACGGUGGUCGGUCUCGCGCUGUGCCGCGGUGUGCCGCGCUUCAGGGCAAUGAAGCCGGCCGCUACUGGUGCGAUGUAA